AUGCCUCCGAGUAACCACAGAAGGCCAAACGCCGCGUCAGUCUCCCCUCACGAACAUCACGACCCCGCAGCAUCGCCACCCAGUGCCUCCGCCGUGCUCAUGGCAACAGACGCCGACGUCGCCGCCGCGUCCCCCUACGGGGAGGACCCGCAGAAGGCAGCGGCAGCAGCCAUGGCCAUGACCUCUCCGUGCCCACUCCUCCCUGGCGCGAAGGCAGCGGCAGCCGCCAUGCCGUCAGUCUUCUGCUUCCACUCCAUCUGCUACUCCGUGAAUCUAGGCCGGAAGAAGUCGCUUAUCCGCCGCUGCAUCGAGCCGUGUGUCGGGCUCGCCGCGAAGCGCAAGUCCACGCAAUUCACCUCCAUCAGCGAUGACGAGGCGAAGGCCUCCGCGCCGCCCAAGAUCCGCGUCAUCCUGAACGAAAUCUCCGGAUUUGCUCGGUCGGGAGAGGUUCUAGCGAUCAUGGGGUCGAGCGGGUGUGGAAAGACGACGCUAUUGGACGUUUUGUCGCACCGGAUCGCUUCUGCGGCUGCUUCGGCGGGGCCGCUGGCAGGGGGCCGGACGGGGUACAUUGAGUUGGGCGACAAGCCGACGACGGACGACCUUAUGCGACGCAUUUCGGCAUACGUGAUGCAGGACGACCUCAUGUACGCGACGCUGACGGCGCGCGAGACGCUCAUGUUCUCGGCGGAGAUGAACCUGCCGCGAAGCUUCUCGUACAAGGAGAAGCAGGAGCGCGUGGAGCGGCUGCUGGAGCUGCUUAGCCUGCAGCACGCGGCGAACACACUCAUCGGGAACGAGAACCUCAGAGGCGUGUCCGGCGGCGAGCGCAAGCGCGUGGCGAUCGGCGCGCACAUCGUGCACGACCCGAAGAUCCUCUUUCUGGACGAGCCCACCUCGGGAUUGGAUUCCUCCAACGCGUACCGCGUGGUGAAGAUUCUAAAGGACAUCGCGCUCACAUCGGAGAGCAUCGUGAUCAUGGUGAUUCACCAGCCGUCGUUCCGCGUGCUGGAGCAGAUCGACCAGCUGCUCAUGCUCUCCACGGGCAACAUGAUCUUCUUCGGCCCGCCGCCGCACCUUCCGGCGUUCUUCGACGCGUUCGGCACGCCCGUGCCGAAAUUCGCGAACCCGACGGAAUUCGCGCUCGAGCUGCUGGAGCAGCUGAAGAGCACGUCGGAGGCGGCGCUCAUGGAGCUCGUCGCGUUCGCCGCCGACUGGCACCGCAGCCGCGACCACAUGGCGCACGCCAAGACCGGCCGGCACGCCAAGCCCGCGCUGCUCGCCGCGCCCGGAGGCGGCGGCGACGGCGAGGAGACUGAUAGCGGCGGCGGAAGCGGUGCGGGUGCGCAUGGGAGGAAGGGCGCGGACGGCAAGAAGAAGUUCUGCGGGCUGGCGGGGAAGCUGGGGAAGAAGGGGGGGAAGAAGGGGGAGGAGGAGGAGGAGGAGGAGGUGGUGGAGUCGGGGCAUAAGGGAACGCACCGGUACGCCAACUCGUGGUUCCGCGAGUUCUACAUUCUGUUCGUGCGGUCGGGGCUGAUGAUCAUUCGCAACCCGCUGCUCUACUUCCUGCGCCUCAUGCUGCUCACCGUCGCUGGAUUCCUCCUCGCCUCGCUCUUCUACAAGCCCACUCAUGAUCCGCAGGGCAUGUUGGAGCGGCUGGCGUACCUGUCGUUCAUCGUCGCCAUGCUCUUCUUCUGCUCCGCUGACGCCACGCCCAUCUUCAUCAUGGAGCGCAACAUAUUCAUCCGCGAGACGUCGCACAACACGUACCGCGCGUCGACGUACGUGGUGGCGACGAUGGCGGUGUACAUACCGCUGCAGGCGCUCAUGGCCAUGACACUCACGCUCGAGUCCUGGUGGACCGUCGGAUUGUCGGGCGGCUUCCCGGGCGCGCUGUUUUUCGCCACCAUCUGCUUCCUCUGUCUCUUUACGGGCAACGCCAUCGCCACCUUCGCCAGUUCGUUCUUUAAGAACAUGAUCCUGGCAUACGCGACGGUGAUAUCGACGAUGGCGUAUUUCACGCUGGUGUCGGGGUUCUACAUCCACCGCACGUCCAUCCCCAAGUUCUGGAUCUGGCUGCACUACAUCUCGCCCAUGAAAUACGCCUUCGAGGCGCUCGUGCAGAACGAGUUCGUCAGGGACUCGGGGCCGUGCUACCUGACGCUGAACGGGGCGUUUGACAUUGAGCCCAUCAGCACGUACGUGAACACGACGCGGCUGAAGCCGGUGCUCAUGUCGUUCCUGCCCAACGUGGUGACGCCGGGCGUGGGCCCGCUCACGUCGCAGUCGUGCAUCAUGACGGGGACGUUUAUUAGUCGCAAGUAUCUGGAUAUUGUGGAGCUGAACAAGUACCAGAGCAUGGCUGUGCUGUUCUCCAUGGCGAUUUCGGUGAGGAUUGGGGGCAAGUUCCUUCCAAAGGGGCAAGUUCCUUCCAAAGGGGCAAGUUUCUUCCAAAGGGGCAAGUUCCUUCCGAAGGGGCAAGUUCCUUCCAAAGGGGCAAGUUCCUUCCACUCAUCUUUAUCCACUUCCCUCUACAACGCACCGUCCCUUCAAUCCUCUGUUCUCAAACCUCCCCCCCACCCCUUCUCUCCGCCCCCCCCUCCCCCUUCGUUUCCCCUUUCCCGCCACCUCCCGCGCGUCCGCUCCCCCUCUCCCCCACUCAUCAGCCGCAUAACGUCACUCGAGCUCGACUCCCCACUCGACCGACGGUUCAUCGAGUUGAACGAAACGCCGCCUCCCCCAGUAGACGCUUUCCCUUCACUGCACACACUCACCCUCCUCUACCAGCCCUCGCAGUACCGCUUCAUCGCCCGCUGCUCCUCCCUCACCUCCCUCACCCUCUGGCGACCCAACGCCUUCGCCCUCUUCUCCCUCGCCUCCUCCUCCUCCCCUCUCCACCUCUCCCUCUCCUCCCUCACCAUUCACUCCGCUUUGCUCGAAGCUGCUCUCACGCCCCUCGCCACCUUCCCGCACCUCACCUCGCUCACCUUUCACUCCUGCACCAUCGACCCCUGUGAGCUUCACUCUCUCUCUCGCUCCCUCCACACUCUCACGCACCUCGCAGUCCACGACUGUCCCUUAGUCUCCAGUCAUUCCCUCGCCACCUUGGUCGAAACCAACCUGGCUCUCUCCUCCCUCUCUCUCCACUCCACCUCCUACCCUCUCUUCGCCGCCCAAGGCCUCCGGAAUGUGCUCCGCUCGUCCUCCUCCCGCCUCCACACCCUCACUCUCUCCGGGCUGCCCGCGUUCCGCCCCGGCACGCUUGCACGCUGCAGCGGUCUGAAGUGUCUCACGCUGAGAGGGAGGGGGGAGGCGAGGGAGAGUGUAUCGCUGUCUGAGUCGACGUAUGAGUCGCCACAGGAGCCGUCUUUGGAGGGCCUUGUGGCCUUUCUGGUGCGCGUGGAAGAAAAGGGAGGCGGAGGAGGAGGAGUGGAGCAGCAGGGGUGCCUGGAAGGAACAGAGGGAGGGGUCGAUGCAGUGGAGAGACGGGAAGGGAAGAAGCGCAGGGAAGGAGGAACACCUGCGUCCGGUUCAGCAGCAGCAACAGCAGCAGCAACAGCAGCAGAAACAGCAGAAGAAGCAACAGCAGCAGGAGCUGCAGCAGAAAGCACAGCAGAAGCAGCCACGCCAGUACCGACCCACGCUGGGACGAGGGGCAACGAGGACCGGCGGUACUACCUGGAUAUCCGUAUGGAAGCAGCAGCAGCGUGCGCUGACACGGCCGCAGCAAUUGACGAUUCAAGGGCCCUGCUGCUGACGACCGCUAAGCAGAAGCUCCGGAAAGCUAUUUCGGAAGCGCAGGAGACUCCGCGCAUGCACGGGGAGUCCGCCCUCGCGAAUAUACGGAAUGCAGUCAUUCUGGUGCGAGCGGCCAUGUCGUUCUGCCGGUGCGUGCGGCUGGCUGUGGUCCACGUGGACGGCCGGAUGGCACGCGAGGCAGCACUGAAAAACGUCGGUUCUGCUGCUGAGUCUGCAGGGUUCUUCGCUUCAGCAGUGGAUUAUGAGAGAGAGGAGCGCGAACGGGAGAGGGAGGGGCGGGAGGGAGGAGGAGGAGGAGGGAGGGAGGUGGAGGAGCUGGUGGGGUUCGUCCCUGAGAGUGACCUGCCGGCUGAUCUGGCGGAGGUGAGCGAGACGCUGCUGGGGGAGCAGACGGGUGUGUGGCCGGCGUUUGUGGCGGUGUCGAGAGAAGAUGCGCGCAGGCUGCUGCAUGUGCUGAGGGAACAGCUGGAUGCGCACAUGGAGUCGUUCAUCGAUGCCUUUGAGGACGCCACGCCCCUAGCAGUGAUUUGGGCAGCUGCGGCACCCGGGGCGCCUGUCGCAGUGCCGCCACCAGUGCCUGGGCCAGCAGCACCAGUGGCAGCGGCACCAGGAGCAGCAGCACAUGGGGCAGCAGGGGCAGCAGCACAUGGGGCGGUGGUAGAUGGAGCGGCAGCACUUGGGGCGGCAGCAGAUGGGGUGGCAGCAGAUGGGGCAGCAGCAGAUGGGGCGGCAGCAGAUGGUGCAGCAGCAGAUGGGGCGGCAGCAGAUGGGGCGGCAGCUGAUGGGGUGGCAGCAGAAGGGGCGGCAGCAGAUGGGGUGGCAGCAGAAGGGGCAGCAGCGCAGGAGCUAACAAGCGCAGAAGGAGAAGCAGGAGGGCCAGUGGGAGAGGGUGCGAGCACCGAAGGAGCAGCGCAGCAGCUGCCAGAGGCAGAGUCGGGAGGAGGACAACGCACAGGUGACGAACAGACGAGAGAAGACAAGCAGCUGGGCAGCAGAAGCCCAACACACACAUCUUUGAAGGGGCGCACAACACCAAACAAGAGCAAAUGCAUACCCUCCAAAAAGAGCACACCUCAAAAUAAAAGCACACCCCCAAAUAAGAGCACACUUGCAAUUCCUGUGGAAGUGUUUUGCCCGCCGUUGGAAUCCCUAACCCUCGAGAGCAUUCAGUUCGCCGCCGAUUAUGACCCUUCCUGGCUGCCUUCUUCCCUCCCCUCUGCCUCGCCUCUCAUGUGCCCCUUGCUUCCCACCACACCCCUUCCUUCCCUUCAUUCAUCCUCCUCCCCCUAUCCUGUCCCAAGAAGUCUGAGAAGCGAGCCACAGACCUUCAAAUCCCUGGCACGAGCUACUGUGUUUGGAAGGCUCAAGAACUUGGCGCUCUUGAGCUGCUGUGGGCUGGGGGAGGCGCAGCUGGUGAGGCUGCUCAGUGCAUGUGGCAUGCUGGAGGAUCUGCAGCUGGGAGGCAGUGAUUGGUUCUCAGACACGGUGAUAGCAGGGAGUAAACAGGAGGUGCUGACUCAGUUGACUGCGGUGGGGUGUGGUCGAGUCACUGCAGACGGCAUUGGCGGGCUGCUGGGAAACGUGCCAAGGCUGCGGCGGUAUUUGAAGGUGGAGGCGAGUAAGGUUUUUGAAAGGACUCGCCGGGAGUUGCUCCGUGCUAGAGUGGUGGUCAGGGGAGUGUGA